UCCUGCUCGACAUGGAGGGGGUUAGGCUCGCUAUCCUGCUCUGUGUCUAUGUGCUGCACAUUACAUCAGGCAAGUGCCCUGGUGGUACAUACGGCUACCAGUGUAGUUACAACUGCAACUGUCCCAACGCCACGUGUGAUUUUAGAGAUGGGUGCAGAAAUCAGACCUGCAACAGAGGGUGGUCAGGACCGACAUGCCAGAAAUAUAACAAAGCACUCGGUAAACCAACAUCAGCCAGUUGCGUCCAUCUCCAUCAGUCACCAAGUAAGGCUGUGGACGGAGUUACCAUAGCGAGCCACGAUAGCUUCUGCUUUCAUUCAGCCUUCAACGACGCUAGUAUAGCAGAUGCAUGGUGGAGAGUGGAUCUGAGUGAGAUGACACAAAUACAUGACGUCACCAUAUACCUCAGGACAGACCAUAAAGUUCGUCGGAAUGGUAUCCAGAUCUACACAGCUGAAACUGACGCCUCCCCACCUGCCGGAGACCACUGCUACAACUUGACAGGGAAGGAGGACGGGACAGACAUACCUGAUGUUUUGAACGUCACAUGUUCUGGUAACGGGCGCUAUCUAGUGCUGUACACAACUGUAAAACACAGCGGUGACACAGUACCCAUUUUGGAUUUCUGCGAAGUGCAGGUUGACGUUUGCAGUCCUGGUACUUUCGGCUCUGACUGUGACACCUACUGCCACUGUGACGGUGAGGUGUGCGACUACGUGAGCGGCAUCUGUCCGAGUGGAUACUGUCUCCCAGGCUGGAAGCAAGACAAGUGUGACACAGAGUGUAUCCCCGCCUAUUAUGGACUAAACUGUAAUAAGAAAUGCUCUGAUAGGAACUGCAAGACCGACAACUCUAGCUGUGACCACGUGACAGGGGAGUGUGUUGGGGGUUGUUUGACAGGGUUGAAUGGAACAGACUGUACACAGAAAUGUACCCUUGGCAAGUAUGGACCAAACUGUAAUCAGAAAUGCUACAAUAGGAACUGCGAGGACGACAACUCUAGCUGUGACCACGUGACAGGGGAAUGUGUUGGGGGUUGUAUGGCAGGAUGGAAUGGAACAGACUGUACACAGAAAUGUAAACCUGGAACCUUUGGGCCUGACUGUUCUCGUUGCGGCUACUGUGACGUCACGUGUAAUGUUGGCGAUGGGCACUGUCCAGGAGACUGUCUGGACGGCUUUACCGGUGACCGAUGUGAUGUGGAUGUCAGAGUGUCAUCUGUAACAAGUGGUGUCAUCGGGGGAGCAAUAGGAAUGGCUGUGAUGUUGUUGCUUAUUGCUGGACUGACCGCAUGUCUGAUUCGAACUGGAAGACUGACGUGGCGAUCAUCAGCUUGCGCAGAUCCUAAAGACGGGAGAAAUAUGACUGUUACAGACACUGGGGAGAUUCCUGCACACGCGCAUGUUUCCGGUGUUGAUGGUCAAGACUAUGUUGAACUGAAUGACCUCACAAGAGAGGAAGAUAAGAUGUCAACGUAUAAUGUGAUUCAAAACUAAGAAUAUUUAAAUAAUCUAAUCUAAGAAUCACAUGUCUGUGCAAUCACGAAAAUGUUGAACAACAUUAUUGUUACACCACGUCGUAUUGAUUUGACGUGCAAAGAACCCCGAAAUGAGGCAAUAGAUACCUCGUUGUAUAAUUGUGUUUGCUAAAUACUUUUCCGACAACCUUUCUUGAAACAAGGACAAAAUUAUUCACGAUCAUGGACCUUAUUGAUGUUGCUUGGUAUUUUGCUUGUAAAGAUGUCAAAAUCGAAUAUUAUCAGUAUCAGAUUAAAUAUUUCGCGAAAUACGUGCAUUGUAUGUCCAUGCCAAGAUCAGUGUGAUAAACAGACGUUUAUCAGAACGUUCAUAACGUUUUUUGGCUUCCAUGUGUUCCAUGCCAACGAAUCCUGAAAAAUAACAAUAAUAACUUCAUUUUAUUGUUUGCAUUAUCAAAUGUCAGAGUAGCAAAGCGUAAUGUAUUCUGAUUUGCAUCUUCACUGUUGUGUGUUUCACAAGUGGUUUGGCAGUUAUCGUGUGUAAAGUAACACAAGGAUCAGAGUACGCAGAAUGGUAUGGUAUGUCAUUGUAUGGUACUAGUGUUCAACAUGGGCCACACAAAUGCCUGGGCUGACUUGCGAUGCAAAAUGUUUGAAGGGAUGCAAUUCUUGUUCAGAUAAUGUCACAGUCGUUAUUUAACCUUGCUCCACUGAUUGCUAUACAUGAAGUAUGUUAUGUUAUGUUUUAUGUUAUAUGUCUAAUGAUCAUAUUCUUAUGUACAUUGUAUUUUGACUUUAUGAAUUUGUAUUGUUCGUUGUUUAUAUGUGUCCUUUUUUGUCGUUUUUAUCCCGCACUGUAACGCUAUGUGACAAUGACGUAAAGUAUAACGCUUAUAACGAAAACAGUAAGAUUAUAUUCUGAGACGUUAUGGGAAGAGACCUUAACUGGGUCGAACUUAUGUUUUUCGGCAGUUAUAAUCAUUAGUAUGAAGUAUGAAAUUAUCCGAUUAUGUAGUUUUUACAAUGAUACGUGUUCCUUUUGUCAUUUAACUUGAGACUCUCGCUAGAUUAAUUUUUUUUCAGUAGUCUCCUUCAGGUGUGUCAUUGUAAUGAUUAGUAUAUGUAAUUUAACUGUAAAUAUGUACCUUGAAAUCCUUGUCAGUCACCACUUUCGCGAUAUUCCUUAACAAUAUUUGUUUGAUCAUUAGGAUAGAUUGAAUUACCUUGUUUUGCGUCCGUUCGAAAAUAAUAAAGAACGUUAGGUUUCUUUAAAUUACAAACUAAACAUAUAUUUUAUUGCAAAUGUAUACGUAUAUGUCUUUUAGUUCGUUAUAUAUGCCCUGUUGGGAUUCUGGGAUUCUGGAUUUUAAGUGGUUCCCUCAAACGUUGAUUUGUCGUAAGGUCCGACUUAAUGGAUCGGUGGUCAGGCUGGGUGGCGUGUCAUCACAUCCCGACGGCGUCGAUUGUUGCUCAUAAUAUCAAUCACUGAUAUCUGGGCCAGACUCGAUUAUAUACAGGCCUCCGCCUGUGGUCUAAAUAUACGUUAGUUUUAAAAUCAACAUCAGUAUUGAAAAAACAUGGUUAUAGUUAUUACUUUGUAAAAAUAAAACCCGAACAAUUGUGGAGUUUCAUCAUAUUUAUAUAAUGUUAGGUAAAACUCGUAAAGGUAAACAAGUAACCAUUCACAUUUGUUAUAAAAAAUGUUAAAACCCACACUCCUCGGCACGGUGCUCUCGCUAUGACAGUUUUUGCAAGAACUGUGCGCGCGAAAAUAAAUUUAUUGAAGAAAUCAAAGAUUGUGUAUUGAAUUAAUUAAGACCUUCAUAAGCUCUUUGGACCAGACGUUCCAGUAUUUUUUUUAAAAGAAGAACAACACCUCUUCUUGUAAAUAUGUUUUACCGUCUACUGACCAUGCUUUUUUAUCACUUUCUCAUUGUCUUUUCUCAUACCUUCACUCACAUUUCCCAGUCUUUCGAAUCGCUUGUAGCAUUGCCAUAUUCUGGUAUAUUUACAUAGAAGAAUGCAAUAAUGUUUCAAAUAAAGAAUUUCGUAAUAAACAAUA